AAAAGACGAAAAUACAAAAUAGACCAUUUCAAUACUUUAUGUUACACGAGAACAACGUGGAUCAAGCAUGGCCGCCGAACUUGAAGAAAUUUUAGGAAGACUUCUUGUUCCAGAUAACGCUAUUAUUAAACAGGCCACGGCUGAGCUGAGAGCCUUCUUCCAAAAUCCUACCGAUCAAAUUGUGCCAAUAUUGGUGGCUGUAUUAAGUUCUUCUCAAAGUCCUCAGGCAAGGCAGUAUGCCGCAAUACUUCUAAGGCGUCGUGUUGUGAAACAAUGGUUGAAACUAAACCUGGAACUUCGCAAUUCGUUGAAACCUACGGUUUUGCAAGUACUUGUCAGGGAAACAGAGCGAAUUGUGUGCCACUCAACAGCGCAAAUAAUUGGUGCUAUUGCAAAGCAUGAGUUACCAAACGAACAGUGGCCUCAAUUAUUUCAAUUUCUCAAUGAAUAUAUCAAAAGUCCACAACCAGGACAUAGAGAGAUGGCGAUGUACGUUCUUAGUAUCAUUACUGAAACAGUUGGUGAACAGCUAAGGCCUCACUUUCCAGCGUUGUUUCAUAUUUUUUCAAAAACAUUAGAGGACCAAGAAAAUGAAAAUAUUUCUUUCUAUACAGUUAGAUCUAUCACAAAUUUGGUUAUUUACCUUGGUGAAGAUGAAAUAAAUCUUUUAAGACCUUUAAUUCCAAAAAUUAUUGUCAUUAUCAAGAAUCUAGUCCAGACAGAUGAGGACAAGGCAUGUGAGUGUAUGGACGUGUUUGAUGAGUUGGUCGACUCUGAAGUUGGAAUUGUUAUUCCUCAUGUGAAAUCCCUUGUUGAGUUCUGUCUGUAUAUUGCAAUGAACACAGAACUUGGUGAUAGUAGUAGAGUUAAAGCUCUCCACUUCAUCAGCUGGAUAAUACGUGUCAAAUCUAAGGUGAUAUUAAAGAACAAGUUAUUGUCUCCAAUUCUGUCAGUCGUGUUUCCGAUCAUGGCGACACGAGGUGAAGAAGACGUUGCUGAUGGCGAUUGUGAGGAUGAGGAGGAUACAGAAAGUCUGACUGAAGCUGAAGACAGCCGACCAAAUGCAGUUGCAGCACAGGUGGUAGAUGUUCUUGCUCUUCAUUUGGCGCCAGAGAAGUUGUUUCCACCAUUGAUGCAGCUUGUGGAACCAGCAUUAACUCACUCUAAUCCAUAUCACCGCAAGGCUGCAUUAAUAUCGCUGGCAGUUCUGGCUGAAGGCUGUGCUGAUUUUGUGCAAGAGAAGCACUUGCAGACAGUCCUUCAUGUGGUAUGUCAAGCAUUAUCAGACCAUCACAUUGUUGUGAGAAACGCUGCUUUAUUUGCAUUGGGACAGUUUGCAGAAUACUUACAGCCAGACAUCAGUAAAUUUGCUGCCAUUAUUCUGCCCUUGUUGUUUGACUAUCUCGGACAGGCCGUUGGUAAAUCGGAUCCUCCCGGCAUAUCUCGGACAUAUUACGCUUUGGAGACAUUUUGCGAAAACUUGGGUGAAGGAAUAUUGCCGUAUCUUCCGGCACUUAUGGAGCAAUUGCUAACCACAUUAUCAACUCCUCAGCCUGAAAGAAUCAAGGGACUGGCGGUUAGCGCUGUUGGAGCCGCAGCAAGUGCUGCAGGGAAGGAAAUGUUGCCAUAUUUUCCAAAUUUGAUUGAAAUCCUCAAGAGUUACAUAUGCAAUCCAGUUUUUGAUGGCAGUCAGAUUCAAGCUCAGUGUAUUGACACAGUUGGUAUGCUCGCUCGGGUUAUGGGCAGGGAACAUUUUUAUCCAAUUGCGGAAGAAUGGAUAAAGAUAAGUUUGGAAUUAAUUGAAAGGUUAAACGAUCCUGAUGUACGAAGAUGUGUAUACGGGCUUUUUGCGUCACUCUCAACCUUUCUCAAACAAGACAUGGCCACUUACUUACCUGCAAUUUUGACACACAUUUUGAAUACUCUUCGUUCAACUGAUGGUUUUGUGACUUACUAUAAUGGUGAAGGAGACCCAACUUUUCUGAUCGAGGAUGAAAAUAUUGAAGAAGAACAGGGGGAUGACAGCGACGAUGAUUCCGUAGCAGGGUAUACAGUUGAGAACGCGUACAUGGAUGAGAAGGAAGAUGCGUGCAAUGCUGUUGGAGAAAUAGCUGAGAAUACGCAAGCAGCAUUCCUUCGUUUUAUGGACGAGACAAUAAACGAGGUCUUGAAGUUACUCCAGUUUCCUCAUACUGGUGUUAGGAAAGGUUCAGUCACUUCAAUGAGUCAGCUGUGUCGGUCUCUACACUCAAUAUUAAACAAUAUCAACGAAAAUAAGACGUUUCUAUUUGGUGUUGUAAACAACUACGUGGCAACGAUGAUCACGAUGAUCAACCAAGACAAGGAUAGGACAGUCGUGAUGGCGAUCCUCUCGAGUAUGGAGGAAAUGUUAAAAUCCAUGAAACAGGAAGCCUUACAAGGACCUGGAAACUUUGAAGGGAUUUGUGCCGCUCUUAAAAACGUUCUCAUGUCCAAGACCCGUUGUCAAGACAACGAUGACGAGGAUAUCGAUGGAGAGAAUCAAGAACAAGCUGAACUUGACGCAACGUUGAUUGAGCAUGCUGGUGACGUUAUUCCUAAGCUAGCCACCGCUGCACCUGGACACGAAUUUGUGGCGUAUUUUGCUAGCUUGUUGCCAUGGUUUCUUAAACGAAUGAAGUCUGCGUUGGUUUCAGAUCGUUCGUUUUCUGUUGGAACCGUGGCGGAGAUUAUUCUAGCGAUGGAAUUAAGAAUUGUUCCUUUCGUUCCUCAUCUCUACCCUGUGUUUAUGAAACUCCUGAACGAUGAAGAUGACGAAGUGCGAGGAAAUACUUCUUAUGCUCUUGGAGUUCUAGCGGCGUAUGGUGGAGAUCCUGUAUUUGUACAUUAUCCAGAAAUUUUAGAAGGACUGUUUUUCCUGUUAAAACGAGAGCACGAAGUUCGUGUGGUUGACAAUAUUUGUGCUGCCGUUUGCCGCAUGAUUUGUGCAAAUAUUAGUAAAGUUCCCAUGGAACAGACUUUCCCCGUGUUGCUCCAGUGUCUUCCAUUGAAAGCGGACUUUGAGGAAAACACAACAGUGUAUUCCUGUAUCGUGCAAUUGUUUAACAGCGAACAUCCUGAGGUUACUCAAAAUAUUGUACCGAUAAUUAAAAUCAUCAGUCAAGUUAUAGCGACUUCGACAAUCACAGAAGAAACAAACAAACAAACAAGCGCCGGUUCCAAUAAUGAUGAGCGUGCAUGA